CUCGGCAACAGUUUGAUCACGAACGCCGUAACAGUUGUACGAGUCAUAAUAAUCGAGAUAUUAUACAGUGCGAUAUACGCUUCGAGUUGUGACAGUGCGAAUACACGUUUAUACAUUAAGUAAUAAUUCAGUGGUGAAAAGUGCUUGGAUUUCGAUUAAUUAAUAUUUUCAGUGUAACAACCCGUGUUUGAAUUUCGAACGUUAAAAAAUGGUCGGUAAAACAGCAAUCGGUAUCGAUCUCGGGACCACGUACUCUUGCGUGGGUAUCUGGCAACACGGAAAAGUGGAAAUCAUCGCCAAUGAUCAAGGUAACAGGACCACGCCGAGUUAUGUGGCGUUCACGGACACCGAACGGCUGAUCGGCGACGGGGCCAAAAACCAGGUGGCGAUGAAUCCAAAGAACACCGUGUUCGACGCUAAACGGUUGAUCGGUCGUCGUUUCGAUGAUGACAAGACGCAAGCGGACAUGAAGCACUGGCCGUUCAAAGUGGUGAACGACUGCGGAAAGCCGAAAGUGCAAGUGGAGUUCAAAGGUGAGUCAAAAGUGUUCGCGCCGGAAGAAAUCAGUUCGAUGGUGUUGACAAAAAUGAAGGAGACGGCGGAAGCUUACUUGGGACGUACCGUGACGGACGCGGUGAUCACGGUGCCGGCGUAUUUCAACGAUUCGCAAAGACAAGCGACCAAGGACGCGGGUGCAAUAGCCGGUCUGAACGUGAUGAGGAUAAUCAACGAACCGACGGCAGCGGCGUUGGCGUACGGUUUGGACAAGAACCUUAAAGGUGAGAGAAACGUGUUGAUAUUCGACCUUGGCGGUGGCACGUUCGACGUGUCCGUGCUGCAGAUCGACGAGGGUUCGAUAUUCGAAGUAAAGUCCACGGCCGGGGACACGCAUUUGGGUGGCGAGGACUUCGACAACCGGCUGGUCUCGCAUCUGGCCGAGGAAUUCAAGAGGAAAUUCAAAAAGGAUGUGCGCGCCAACCCUAGGGCGCUGCGGCGGUUAAGGACUGCCGCGGAACGGGCCAAAAGAACGUUGUCGUCCAGCUCGGAGGCCACCAUAGAGAUCGACGCCCUAAUGGAAGGCAUUGAUUUCUACACCAGGGUGUCUCGGGCACGUUUCGAGGAACUGUGCGCGGACCUGUUCAGAUCGACCCUGCAGCCGGUGGAAAAAGCGUUGGCUGACGCCAAGUUGGACAAAGGUUCCAUACACGACGUGGUACUCGUGGGUGGUUCCACGAGGAUUCCGAAGAUCCAGAGUCUCCUGCAAAACUACUUCUGCGGCAAACCGCUCAACCUGUCCAUCAACCCUGACGAAGCGGUCGCUUACGGUGCCGCCGUACAGGCGGCCAUUCUGAGCGGUGACACGAGCUCCGCUAUCCAAGACGUGUUACUCGUGGACGUGACCCCCCUGUCACUGGGUAUCGAAACCGCAGGCGGUGUCAUGACCAAGAUCGUCGAGCGCAACUCAACAAUUCCUUGCAAACAAACGCAGACGUUCACUACGUACGCGGACAAUCAGCCGGCCGUCACCAUUCAGGUGUUCGAAGGAGAACGGGCAAUGACCAAGGACAACAAUCUGUUGGGAACAUUC